GGAAUCUAUUGGAAGAAGAAGAAGAGGCGGUUCUCGCUCUCAGUCCGCGCAGUAGUUUCUGGAAGGAACCACAUGUAUGAAACAUGGAGAAAGUUUCAGCUUUGAAAGACCAGGGCAACAAGGCGCUGAGUGCAGGGAACAUUGAUGAGGCUCUGCGAUGCUACACCGAAGCAUUGGCCCUAGAUCCUUCAAACCAUGUUCUUUUCAGUAACCGCUCGGCUGCAUAUGCCAAGAAAGGAGACUAUGAAAAGGCUCUCCAGGAUGCCUGUAAGACCAUCGAAAUCAAACCUGAGUGGGGCAAGGGCUACUCCCGAAAAGGUACAGCAUUGGAAUUUCUUGGCCGUUUGGAGGACGCCAGGGGGACUUAUCGAGAUGGACUCCGGCACGAGCCUAAUAAUCAGCAGCUAAAGGAGGGUUUGCAAAAUAUUGAGGCUCGUCUGGCAGAAAAAUCAAUGAUGAACCCUUUUGCCAUGCCCAACUUGUAUGCAAAACUGGAGAGUGAUCCUCGGACCCGUGAGCUGUUGUCAGAUCCAAGCUACAGAGAAUUGCUGGAGCAGCUCAAGAACAAGCCGUCAGAGCUCGGCACGAAGCUGCAGGAUCCCAGAGUAAUGACCACACUGUCUGUGCUGCUGGGACUAAACCUCUCAGAGAUGGAGGAAGAGGAUGAACCAACUCCUCCUCCCCCCAAACCCAAAGAGACGCAACCACCUUAUCGCAAAGAGGAAGAGCUUCCUGAGAACAAGAGGAAGGCCUUGAAAGAAAAGGAACUUGGAAAUGCUGCAUAUAAGAACAAAGACUUUAAAACGGCGUUGAAACAUUAUGAAGAGGCAAUCAAGCAUGACCCGACAAACAUGACUUACAUUUCUAAUCAAGCAGCUGUGUAUUUUGAGAAGGGUGAGUUUGAGAAGUGCCGAGAGCUGUGUGAGAAGGCCAUUGAAGUUGGCAGAGAGAACAGAGAGGACUACAGACAAAUUGCAAAGGCUUUGGCUAGGAUUGGCAACUCAUACUUCAAACAGGAAAAAUACAAAGAGGCAAUCCAGUAUUUCAACAAGAGCUUGACCGAGCAUCGCACUCCUGAAGUCUUGAAGAAGUGUCAACAGGCAGAGAAAAUCCUGAAAGAACAGGAGAAACAAGCGUACAUCAACCCAGAGUUGGCUUUGGAAGAGAAAAACAAGGGGAAUGAGGCCUUCCAGAAAGGAGACUAUCCCGUAGCCAUGAAACAUUACACAGAGGCCAUUAAGAGAAACCCAAAUGAUGCGAAGCUGUUCAGUAACAGAGCCGCCUGUUACACAAAGCUGCUGGAGUUUCAGCUAGCUUUAAAGGAUUGUGAGGACUGCAUCAAACUUGAGCCCACCUUCAUAAAAGGCUACACACGUAAAGGAGCAGCACUGGAAGCCAUGAAAGAAUAUUCUAAAGCUAUGGAUGCUUACCAGAAGGCUCUGGAGCUCGACUCAACCUCAAAGGAAGCCACAGAAGGUCUGCAGCGGUGCAUGAUCAGCCAGGCCAUGAGGAACGACAGCCCUGAGGAGGUGAAGAAGAGAGCCAUGGCCGAUCCUGAGGUGCAGCAGAUAAUGUCUGACCCAGCCAUGCGCCUGAUUCUUGAGCAGAUGCAAAAAGAUCCUCAGGCUCUCAGCGAUCACCUAAAAAAUCCAGUUAUCGCUCAGAAGAUUCAGAAACUCAUCGAUGUCGGGCUGAUAGCCAUUCGUUGAUGAAAGGAAUUGUCUGAAGAAACUACAAACUGCAGCAGAAAAACAAAUGCAUGUUUCUUCAAUACUUUUCAUCCCCCUUUUUCUUGCCUUCAAGUUAAAAAAUAAAAUUAAGGGUAAAUCCAUCUCAAGUCACCAAAUUUCAGAAAAUAUUCCCAAUUGACCGUGUCAGAUUUCAUAAUUUCACAAACGGUUAUCCUUCACAUUAAACAUAUGAAAUUUCAGCCUUGUAUCUUUGCUGGCUUUUGAGAUAUUUGGGCUUUAAAAAUGGGGAAUGACACUGAUUUGACUGCAAAAAUGAGUGGUACAGGAAAAAAAAAAACGAUGCAAAGGUCUAUGUCAUUACUUUUGAACUAUUCAUGCUCGAUGCAUGAAAUUGCCUUUACUAUAAAAGAAGAUCCAUAUUUGCAUAUUCAUCAGUUUUUAGAUUACUGAAAACGAAAAAAAUUCCACAUUGAAGCACAUCAGCUUUCAAAUUUUUAUAUUUAUUCCUGUUUUUUAUGAACAGAUACAAUUUUCUGAUUGACAAGGCAUUAAAAAUGGGGAAAAGAAUAAUUUUGCACCUAUAUUUAAAUGCAUAAUUCUCAUGUAUAAUGAGCUCUACCAUAAAAAUAAUUAUACCACUGGAAAGCGCAUCUCUACGCACAAAUACAUUGUUUCACCACAAACAGAAAUAUAAAAUACAGAGAGACUGUACUUAAAAUACAAUUAUGAAAUUGUAUCAGAGAUUGCAAUUGUAUCAGAUUCAUUCAUGCAUCCUCGUGGUCCCUCUUAAGAUUUACAGUUGGCUCAUGAUUGAAGCUAUUUGUUGGGUCCAUCUUGUACGUACCCUGUGAAGGAACAUGAAUGUCCAUCUGAUGUUGAAAAGCAUAUAAAUACAAUGUUCAAACUCUUCAAAUCGACAGUAUUACUUUGGCAUUUUUCUUUAUUGACAGUGUAGCUUAUUUAAAUUGUAAAACUGGGUCUGGUAAAUCUUGCUGACUAUUUAGACAAAAUACAAAUGUAUAAGCGCUCUGAUAGUUUAGUGAUUACACUUUAAGUGCUGUGCUUCUGUAUUUUACAUUUCUGUUUGUGCUGAAACAUGGCAUAUUUGAUACCUUUAUAGAGUUUGGUUCAAGAAACAAGCUUCAUGUUUUGUACAUAUAUUAAUAUAGGGGAUUUUAUGGUAGUCCUUAUACAAGAGCAAUAUUCAUUUGAAAUAUAUGUGUGAAAAGGUCCCCAUUUUUAAUGCUUUAUAUAUCACAAUUUUACUUUUCAGGGAAAUACUUAGUCACCAAAAUGGUACUAAAAAAUGCUAAAGUAAAUACCAAAAUUUGAAAGAUCUGAUGUGCCUCAAUGUGGAAAUGCAGAGGACCAAAACUGUUCAAAAAUUUUUUUUAAUGCCCCAGUAUAUCUCAAAAACCAUUAAAGAUAAAAGGCUGAAAUUUGUAUGUUUACUGGGAUUAACAUUUGUGAAAGUAUGAAGCAAGUCAGAGGUGGUCAGUCAGGAUUCUGGAAGCCUCUGGUGAUUUCAGAUGGACUCCCCCUAUACUGCUGUUAGUCUCGCUGAGACUUUUUUUUUUAUCAGUUUGCUUCUACGUCAGAUAGAUCAUCUAGUGUAUGACAUCUUAAAGUAACCCCACACACGUCAGGACUCAAGAUGUCUGAUUUAAAAAGUAUACAUUUAAAGUAUUCAUUUGGGUUUAGUGACAUCAGUACGUCAUUAAAUAAAGUUCAGUGUAUUGCACCAGAACGCAUUGUUUCAUCAGGAAAUCCACCCUAAAUCUGUUCGCAUAUUCCUGUCACAAAUGGAAAGAAAAUCCAAAUUAAGAUGGUUUGCUGUAGACUACAAAGUGAAACGGUCGCUACUGGUCAUUGUUCUCUUAUGUUGUGAUGUAUUUGACUUACUGGUGUACAAGUCAAAAAGUUGACCUCUUGGAUCAUUUACCAUGAACAUGAUUUAAAUGGUUGCCUUGUUAGAAGUUACUGUUGCCUCAAUGAGAUUCAGCUACUUAAACAUUUCCAUGUAUGUGU